AGUCCUGCCGCGUCGGGAGCGGCGGCGCAGGGCCCGCCCCGGCGGCGCUGCCCGGCUGGUUCCGCAAGUUUCUGACACUUGGUGUCCGGAACGCGAGGCUGCGCUGCGCUGGGGACGGGGCGCUCCGCAGGACAGAGGUCUCCCCGCCGGCACCAUGUCCCGGGACCCCGAGGAGGUGAACAAGCUGACGGAGAACACGUACAGAAAUGUUAUGGAACAGUUCAAUCCCGGGCUGAGGAAUUUGAUAAAUCUGGGGAAGAAUUAUGAAAAAGCUGUUAAUGGUAUGGUAGUGGCUGGAAGAGCGUAUUAUGAUAGUCUUGCAAAGAUUGGGGACAUAUCAGCAGAUUCUCCAGUUUCUAAAGAAUUAGGCCAAGUUCUGGUAGAAAUCUCAAGAACACACAAGAAACUUAAUGACAGUCUAGAGGAGAGUUUCAAAAAAUUUCAUAAAGAAAUUAUAUCUGAACUGGAGAAGAAAACAGACCUGGAUGUAAAAUACAUGACUGCAACUUUAAAAAGGUACCAAACUGAACACAGAAGCAAACUGGAUUCUUUAGAGAAGUCUCAGGCUGAGCUGAAAAAAAUCCGAAGGAAAAGCCAAGGAGCACGAAAUGUAACGAAGUAUGAGCACAAAGAAAUGGAGUAUCUGGAAACUGUGAGCUCUCGACAAAGUGAUAUUCAGAGAUUUAUUGCAGAAGGCUGCAGAGAAGCUCUCCUUGAAGAGAAGAGAAGGUUCUGUUUUCUGGUUGACAAGCACUGCAGCUUUACCCAGCACAUGCACUUCUACCACGUUCAGUGUGCAGACUUCCUAAAAUCCAAGCUGCCUGGGUGGGAGGAAAUCUGUAGUGAUGCCACCAAAGUGCCUGAAAAAGUCAGAAUGAUGAUAGAUGAAAUCAGGACCCCUGGCUCCACGCCGGUCUCGGGGACGCCGCAGCCCUCGCCGAUGGUGAAGAGAAACACCCUGAUUGGAAAUGAUUUUUAUCCUCAAGAAAAUGCAUCCAAAGUGCCCCCAGCCCCCACAGGCAGGGCGUACACGAGCCCACUUGUGGAUAUGUUCAACAAUCCUGCAACAGCUCCCAAAGCACCUUCUGAAAAACUGAACCACUCAGCAGAGAAUUCAGAUGAUGCCAGUUUAUCACGUUCAACUUCUGUUGCCACGGGAUUGAAUAUAAUGAAAAGGCAAAAAGUGAAGACAAUCUUCCCUCACACUGCUGGAAGCAACAAGACAUUGCUCAGCUUUGCCCAGGGGGAUGUCAUCACCCUGCUGGUGGCUGAGGAAAAGGAUGGCUGGCUUUAUGGGGAGCACGACACAACCAGACUAAAAGGAUGGUUUCCAUCAUCAUACACCAGACCACUGGAUGAAUCAGCAGAAGAAAAAGCCUUUGCCCCAGUGCCAAGCCCUGCACCAAUCCGAAGUGUUAGCUCUGUGAACCUUGUGGAGAAGGGAGAAGUUGUCCUCCCACCACCAGACUACCUGGGGGCUGCACAGACAGACAGACGGAUGGAGCCUGCCAAAGGUGCUGCUGUGAAAACCCCGACGGACAGAGCGGAGCAGGCAGGCCCGAAACCUGACAUGAAUGGCAUUAUAAAACCACCUUUUCUAAGUGGAGAAAACCCCUUUGCAACGGUGAAACUCAGACCCACAGUAACAAAUGACAGAUCAGCACCGAUUAUCCGAUGAACAGACGGGUCAGACACAUCUGCUUCCUCCUUACCUACACCCAGUUUCAGCAAUGACAAUUACCAUCUCAACUUGUCCUAAAAAUUUAUUUAAAUGUAAUUACUGUACAAUAGACACAUACUGGAAUGGAGCUCUGAUGUUUUUUAAACCUGUAGUUUCUAAUGAGGUAAUUGCUUUGGGCUAGUGUUUGAGCACUUGGGCUUGAUUUUACAGUAUGCCUUUUUUGUAGUAGGAAUUGUGAAAAUACUGGAGAUAGUUUGGAUACUCUAGUGAAUCAGAAUAAUAGCUCAGAAUUUUUGGCAUUCAUUACUUGGAAGCUGCAAUGGUAAGUUCUAGAAUAUAAGCCUGCAUAUGCCACCUAAAGAAGAUAACAGUGAUUUUUUUUUUCAAACAGAAGAAUGUAACAACUGCCUUAUUCCAGAAUAGAGAAUUGCCUGUAUAAAUGAUUAUAUGUUACUUUGUGUAAGAAAGAGACCUUAGGUUAUAAAUAAAUAUUUAUCCCCUUAAGAAUAGACAACUUGUAAUGCCUUGCUUAAAUGUUCACACACAAAUUUCAAGUCAACAGAAACGCAUCUGCAGUCUAAUGUUACACUGUCAACACACUCUUCAAUGAUAAUUUUGUCUUUAAAAACUGUUGUCAAACUUUAAUCUGAUAAAAGGUCAUAAUAAAGCAGUGCCAUGUUUUUCUCUCAAAUGCCAAUAUAAAAAGCUGCCUUUGAAGUUCCUCCAUUACUGUAGC